CGAUGUAAAACCAUAUUAAAAAAUAUAAAUGUUCGGUCUCUUGACAAGCUGACACCUAGCGGGCCAUUUUUGCAAUGAACAAAUACUUUGAUUUCACGAUAGAUGGCACUAUACCUCUAACUUGUACUUGAACACCAUCUUUAAUCCAAUUCCAAUCUGACUACCUGAUAUCUGAUCUGGACAAUCUAUUACCAAAAUUGUGGUUGAACUAUUGCUGAAGAAUAUUUGAAAUGUAUCCAAAUUUAAAUUUGGGAUUUGUUUAAUUGCCUCGAACAAGACCUAAAAACAGUCUCUGUAGCGUUAGGUGGGUAAAUUGUCUCAUGGACAGUGUCCAUUAAAAGAUUAAAACAAGAAGAAGAAGAAGAAGAAAAAUUGAGGUUAUAGAGGUUAGUUUUUCAAGUUUUUUAAAUUUAUUAAAAAAAUCAUGAUUUUACGACAAAUAAUGCGAGUAGUACAUCCCCUGCGACCCGUUACAUUGCAAAAAAAUAUUCUCGCUGGAAUAAAUGGAUCCGACUCCUAUUCAACUGAAAUUAAAGACUCCGUACCCCAAGAAGAACCUACAAAGAAAAACAUUAGCAAAGCUAUGAAAGCAUAUUUAGAAAGAGCUAAGGAACACGAGGAUUUUAUGCAAAAACAAAGAGAAGAAUUUCAAAUAGGUAAACGACAUUUAGCAAAUAUGAUGGGUGAAGACCCAGAAACAUUUACCCAAGAUGAUAUCGAUCAUGCUAUUGAAUACUUGUUUCCUUCUGGAUUAUAUGAAAAGAAAGCUAGACCGUUAAUGAAACCACCAGAAGAAGUUUUCCCGCAAAGAAAAGCAGCAGAAUUUGAUGAAUCUGGUAGACCUUAUCAUUUCUUAUUCUAUACCGGAAAACCCAACUACUACCAAGUAUUACACGAUAUAUCGCACCAUUUAAUUGAACUUAAUAAAUUUGAGGAUAGUAUGAUUCGAAAAAAAAUACAACCUGACCCUAAUUUAGCGCUUGAUUUGUCAGGUUACCAGUGGAUCGAUAAAGAAUCUUUGGAAGAAAAACUCGUUGAAACUAUCGGCGAUAAAGAUUAUGAAUACUUCAUUAAUUGCUUCGUGCGAUUAACUGCAGUUCCUUACGCCUAUAAAAUUAAAGAUUUUAUAUUCGAGUACACCGAGCCUCUUCUUAAUCAAGUACAAACGUAUGAUGCCGUCAAACCUCAUAUUGAUUCAGAUGGCAAGCAGUUCAUAACAGUCUAUGAGUGUCCAAGGAAAGCAGCUAGAGGAGAUGUUACUAUCAGAUUUCCUGGUACAGGUAAAAUAACAAUAAAUAAUCAAGGAAUAACGUAUUUUGAAGAUGUUCAAUCUAGAGAACAACUAUUAUUUCCGCUAAUUUUCACUGAUAUGUUAAAUAAAGUUGAUAUAGAAUGUAAUGUUUCUGGUGGUGGACCAUCAGGACAAGCUGGAGCAUUGAGAUGGGGUAUUGCUUGGGGGUUGAGAUCUUUCGUAGAUCAGGAUAUUAUUGAAAAAAUGAGAAUAGCUGGGCUGUUAACUAAAGAUUAUCGUACUAGAGAAAGAAAGAAGCCUGGUCAGUGGGGUGCCAGAAGAAAGUUUACCUGGAAAAAACGGUAAUUUUAUUGUAAUUGAUUUUU